AUGAUCUUCAAGAAACAACUUGUUGAUGGAAAAGUGGUGUUAAUUCCUGUGGUGUUAAUUCCUGUCCUGCAGGAACAAGAAAGACGAUGUAUGAGGGUGAGUUUUGGUUCGUACUACACCCCUAAGGACAAAGGAGGAAAUCCUCAAUCUGAAGGCAACAAUGCUCACUUUAUCUGUGCGGAGAAGAACACUAUUGGCAUGGCUGACGGUGUUGGCGGUUUGGCUAGAUAUGGCAUAGACGCUGGAAAAUACGCACGCCAACUGAUGUCCAAUGUUGUGACCGCAGUCCAAAAGCAACAACCACCACUCAAUCGUAUUGUGGACUUAAGACAAGCUUUGGAGGAAGGUUUCUUGAAUACCAAGGCUAUGGUUUCAUCCACGGCUUGUAUUGUGACUUUCACGGAUUAUUAUUUACGUGCUAUCAAUGUGGGAAACAGUGGGUUUAUGAUUUUCAGGAACAGUAAAUGUGUAUAUAAAUCGCUGAUACAACAACAUGGUUUUAACUAUCCGUACCAGUUGGGAAAUAGCAUGACAUGUGAUAAGCCAUGUUCAGCUAUUGCAACAACAGUGGAACGUUUAUUACCUGGAGACAUUAUAGUUUUCGGUAAUGGUGGGCUUCUAGACAAUAUGUUCACUGCAGAAAUCGAAGAUAUUAUCAGUAAGGGCACUUUGGAAGGUGUAAACACAGAGAAGUUGGCUUCCACUAUUGCACACUUGGCAUUGUUCAAUUCCAUGGAUGAAAAUGUUGAUAGCCCAUUUGCACAAGCUGCACGGCUGGCUGGACUGAAGCACGGCGGAGGAAAGAGAGAUUAUAUUACAGUUAUUGUUGGCCAUGUUAUUUCAUAG